AUGGGUGUCGAUGGUGUAGUUGGCAUUAAUGUGAUAGCAUUGUUGUUUGUGGUGUUGGCUUUGUUGUUGUUAACUUGUGGUUUGUUGUUAGCUAUGUUAUUGUUGUCUGACAGAUUAUGGUUUGUGGAGUUGUAUGGAUGGUGGUUGGUGCCACGGUCUCCGAUGGUUGUUCCGGACUACCGUGUGCUGCUUUUGAGAUUUGUCAAUGGUUUUGUGUGCCACAACCUCCGACGGUUUUUCAGAGUAUCGUGUGCUACUAUGUUUGAGAUUUUUGUUGCUCUGUCUUCAAGUAGAUUUAAUAUAUUCUUUAUUUUGUUGGAUGUUUCGGUGAGUUCAUUGAUGGUGGUCAGUUUUCAGCGAUGUGAUCUCGGUGACAUGGAUACUAGGAUCUGUCGGGUUAUGGGUAGUUUUGCUAGGUUAUUGUUGUUAAGCUUCCGCGUAUUGAACUUGGAUAACUCAUUGGUUGUUCCUGUUCCAAGGCUCGUUGAGCAUAUGUUCAAGUUCCCUUUUCUUUCUGCUUCAGAGGUUUCUGUUGAAGAUCUUCAUCAAUAUGUCGGUUACUACAAACUUCCUCAUACUAAGGAUGCAAUGAUGUUCUACUUCUUUUUUGAGUCACGAAAUAGUAAGAACGAUCCACUCGUGUUAUGGUUGACUGGAGGGCCAGGUGCCAGUGGCAGUAUUGCUUUGUUUUAUGAAAAUGGACCUUUUCAUAUCACAGAUGAGUUAACUCUUACACCGAAUGAAUAUAGCUGGAAUAAUAUGUCAAAUAUUAUAUAUGUUGAUCAACCUACCGGAACAGGUUUCAGCUAUACAACUAAUGACGAUGAUAUAAGAAACGAUACAAUUGGUGUGAGCAACGAUUUGUAUGACUUUUUGCAGGAAUUUUUGGAUGCACAUCCUGAUAUGGUUUCAAAUGAAUUCUUCAUAACUGGAGAAUCUUAUGCUGGACAUUUCUCUCCUUCUCUCGCUGCUCGUAUUUUCCGAGGAAACACCGAAGAAGAGGGAAUUCCGAUAAAUCUCCAAGGAUUCGCUAUUGGUAAUGGACUUACAAAUCCAAGAAUCCAAUACCUAUCACUGACAGAUUAUGCCUGGCACAAUAAAUUAAUUAUAGAAAAUGAUUACCACUCUAUUCAAAGUGAAGCGGCUCCAGAAUGUGAAUCAUUUGCAAGAAAUUGUGACAUGGGUGUUCCAAAUACUUGUCACACUGCGUUUUUUUAUUGUCAAGACAUAUUCAUGACAAUCGUCAACAUUGCUGGAAAUAUAAAUUCUUAUGAUAUUAGAAUAGAUCGUCAUGGUGCAUCAGAUUAUGAUUUCUCAAAACUAGAGAGAUUUAUGAAUCUCCAAUCAGUAAAAAAUGCUCUUGGUGUGAAUAAACAAUUCGCUUUGAAAAAUGAGACUGUAUAUGGGAGAAUGUUAGGGGACUACAUGAAGAGUUUUGAUGCAGACAUUCCUGCUUUACUGGAGAAUGGAAUCAAGGCCCUUAUCUAUGCGGGAGAUAAAGAUCUUACAUGCAACUGGCUUGGAAAUUUAAGGUGGCUCCAUGAAAUGAAAUGGCUUGGCCAAAGAGAGUUUAUAAAAGCUCCAGUUGUUGAUUUUAAAGUUGAUAAUAUAACAGCAGGAUUGAUGACGAGCCAUGGAUCUCUCACUUUCAUCAAGGUUAAAAAUGCUGGUCAUAUGGUUCCAAUGGAUCAACCGAAAGUUGCUUUUCAUAUGAUAAAAAAUUGGAUGCAAGACGAGUUGGAAUGA